UGAAAUUAUUUCAAAAACGAAUAACUUUGUUUAUAAACACCAUUAAUAGCGGCACAAUGUCCUCUCCUCCACCAACGAAACCACCCCGUGGGGUUAAGCAAGGAAAAGAAACGAGUGGCCUGCUAAUGUCGGUGAUCAGAACACUGUCAGCGAGUGAGACCAAUGAACAACGUGAAAAGGAACGCGCUAAACUUGAGAAAGAGUACAAGAAGAGCGAUGCAAGGCUGGAUGAGCUAGUUGCUGUUCAUGCACAGGAGAUUACGGAUGUUAUGCAAAAAUUCACAGCUGUGGGUACAGCCUUAUCAGUAUGGGGACAGCAUUGUGAGGCAGCAGUGGCUCGUCUGGGUGCAUGCCGAGGUUUGCUACGAUUAAGACGUGAUGACCUAAGAAGAUUGUGGGCGGAUGCAAGAACCCAUCACUAUGCACUACAGAUGUUAACUGAUAUUGAACGUGUAGUAGUUUCGGAGCGUGAAACUCGCGAAUCAUUAUCAGCUGGUCGUGUACUAGCCGCAGCUUAUACAUUGAAAGCUGCCCUAGAUACAGCAGACACCACACUGUCCCAUGUUGACGCAUUAAACACGACAAGGCAGCAUUUGCAGGCAAAAAAACGUGAACUGGUAGAUGUUAUUGUUCGUCGAGUGAAUGAUGCAGUUUAUCGUGGCGAAACAGCACCAAUGACGAGAAGACUAUCUGCUAGAAGGCGUACAGCAAUCCUGCUGGCCGAACUGACAAAGAAUGAAGAAGUGACUGAUGCUUAUCUACAAGAUAUCACCCCUGAGUAUGAAGCAUCUCUUUCUGAAGAUGACAAAACAUUUGAGAGUACUGUUAUGAUAUCACUAGAAGCCUUAGGAGUACUGGAACAACUGAAGGAAGCUACUGAGAAAUUCAAGGUGCAAAUUCAAAAUGAAUUACUAGAGGUCAUCGAUUCGGUCUCUCGCCGAAUCAUCGAUGAAGGCGACGUAGAAAUUGACCAGGAGUGUGACGAGGAUGGCGAGACACAAGAAGCCGAGGGAGUGACAGAGGCCGGGAGACCACUCGCUAGAUUGGUCGCUAGUCUGGGAGAAGAGCUUAGGGCGUGCGCUGCAAGAAAUAAGAGGCUUCUGCAGUUAUGGCGAGGUGCCUUACAGAAACAUCGACUGUCUGAUGCAACUCUGCACACAGAACAACACUACUGGAGUGCUGUACAACAAGUUCUUCAACUUCUGCUGACUGAAUACUUGGAGAUAGAGAGUGUGAACUUAGCAGCUCAGCGCUCUGGCACUACCACAGUAGAAGCGGCCGGUUCGCAACUACGUCUGACCGACUACUUCUCCAAGAAACGACCUCAGAGGCAACACACCAAACUCUUCAGAUUUACAGGCCCUACCGCAGUGACGCCCAGUCUGCAGGCUCGCCGGCACGGGUACCCGCUCGUGUGCCGCGCCGACCCGGCUCAUCUGCACGCGGUGUUGCCAGCUCUGCACGCUUUGUGUGCCGACAUUGAACCUCUUACAGGUGGCGGCGAAUGUUCGUUACGUGCGUUUAUAACGGACUACGUGCGUACGGGCGAAAGCGAGAGACUGGCUAGUAUCGCGCGCGCCGCUAUUGACGAGGCCAUGAGAUCUCCGUCCGCUUGGAGAGAAAGAGUUCCACCACCCGCUACCAACGCUAAAUCUGGGGAGCGUCACCGCGUCGUGUUCGCGUGCUGCGCGUACAGCUGGCAGGCGGUGCACGGCGCGAUGCGGCACGCGCGUCGCUGCGGCGCGAGCGGCGGCACGGAGGCGGCGCGCGCGGUGGCGGGCACGCUGAGUCCGCUGGCGACGCAGUGCCGCGCGUGCCCGCACGCCGCGCCGCCCGCCGCCGCGCGCGCCGCCCGCUGGCUCGCCGACGACGACAUCGUGCGGUUCCUGCAGUCGCUGCACAACUGGAAGGCGAUGACCGGCGACGUGCCCGAAACUAAACAGAGCGCUCAGGAACUGAAACAGGCCUACGAACGGGAAGCCGAGAUCUUGGGUUCGAGUUUGGGCGACGGCGCCGUUACACGCAAAGAAAUCAUAUCGGACAUGAAUACGCUCGCCGACAUAGCCGUCCUGUGCGAGACAAUGGAUUGGCUAAGUGCAAAUAUAAGAAGCAUUCCCUCAAUGUUAUCCGGUGCAAUGAAGCUCUCCGAGAAAUUCCUGAACGACAUAUCUGCUGCAGCGUCUGUAUUCGAUGAGAUAACACAUAAAUGCUUGCUUUUCUUGCAUUUGGAGAUGCGUAUAGAGUGCUUUCAUUAUUUGGGUCAAGAGGAUCGCGAAGGUGAAAACGGCUCCGAAGCGGACAGCCAACAGUCCGGAGGAGCAGCGCAGCUGGCCCAUGCGUUGCUGGCCUUCCACGAACACGCGUCUGCUGUACUGGCGCCCUCUAGGCUCGCAUAUAUAUUCAACGGUAUAGGCGAGAUGAUGUCGGCCGCGGUAGUGUGGAGGUGGCAGGGGGAGCGAGGGGCGGAGGGCGGGGCGGCGGCUCGACUCGCGACACUGCGCCACUGUCUGGCUGCGCUACAUCUACCUCACGAUGGCUUGCAUAGAGCGCACGCGUACUUACACCUCUUAGCGUGUACUCCGCAGGAAAUAAUAACAUCCGUACGCGAAAAGGGUGCUCAAUUCACGGAGUUGGAGUAUUUGAACGCUUUCAAGGUUAUCGGCGUUCGGCGUAACGUGUCCUCGGGCGACAUGAAAAUACAUCUAAAACAACUAUCGACCGCUCUGGGUCACGUCGGUGUUACCGUGUGA